GAUCUUUGGAAGAAGAAAUCAAGAAAAGAAAUGGCUGACCAAACCAGAGAAGCCCUUCUUUCUCGAAAAGGUUGCUCAGAUUUCGGAUUCAAUGAUUCAAGCAUCAUCGAUGACCGUCGUUCCAAGUUCCGUUGUUUCCGAUUUUGCUCCGACGGGAUCACCGCUUCCUGGAAAGCUUUGUACGACAUCGCCGCUAAAUUAUACGAGAUGGGUCGUUCCGAUCGUCGGAAAGUUUACUUUUCCGUCAAGAUGGGCAUGGCUUUAGCUCUCUGUUCUUUCGUCAUCUACCUCAAAGAACCUCUCCGUGACGCUAGCAAGUACGCCGUUUGGGCGAUCCUUACUGUUGUCGUCGUCUUCGAGUAUAGUAUAGGAGCAACAUUGGUCAAAGGAUUCAAUAGAGCUAUAGGAACACUCUCUGCUGGUGGACUUGCUCUUGGAAUAGCUAGACUCUCUGUUUCAGCUGGAGAAUUCGAAGAACUCAUUAUCAUUAUUAGUAUUUUCAUUGCAGGUUUUCUUGCAAGUUAUUUGAAACUAUACCCGGCGAUGAAGUCGUAUGAAUAUGCAUUCAGGGUGUUUUUGUUGACAUAUUGCAUUGUUCUUGUGUCUGGAAACAACUCUAGAGAUUUUUUUAGCACUGCUUAUUAUAGGUUUUUGCUAAUCCUGGUUGGUGCUGGUAUCUGUUUGGGUGUGAACAUAUUUAUACUUCCCAUUUGGGCUGGAGAAGACCUCCAUAAACUAGUGGUUAAAAAUUUCAAGAGUGUGGCCAAUUCCCUUGAAGGAUGUGUUAAUGGGUACUUGCAAUGUGUUGAAUACGAGAGGAUCCCUUCGAAGAUUCUCACUUACCAAGCUUCGGAUGAUCCAUUAUACAGUGGAUACAGGUCUGUAGUCCAAUCUACGAGCCAAGAAGAUUCUCUGCUUGAUUUUGCAGUAUGGGAGCCUCCACAUGGACCAUACAAGACUUUCCACCAUCCAUGGGCAAACUACGUCAAACUUAGUGGUGCGGUAAGGCAUUGCGCUUUCAUGGUCAUGGCAAUGCAUGGCUGCAUUCUUUCGGAAAUUCAGGCAGCUCCAGAAAAAAGGCAGGCUUUUCGUCAAGAACUUCAGAGAGUUGGAAACGAAGGAGCCAAAGUUUUGAGAUUGUUUGGAGAAAAAGUGGAGAAAAUGGAAAAGCUAAGCCCAGGAAACGUUCUGAAGGAUGUUCAAAGAGCAGCAGAGGAACUACAGAUGAAAAUAGACACUAACUCCUUCCUUCUUGUCAACUCAGAAAGUUGGGCUGCUAUGAAAGAGAAAGCCGAAGCCGAAGAAGCGCAACAAAACUAUCACGAAGCCAAAGACGACGAGUCCAAAGUGAUCCAAUCCCUCAGCCAGAUAUGGGACAAUAACAACAACCAUCAUCAUCAGAAUCCACACACUGGUAAUGAUUCUCAGCUAUGGAUUUCAACAGAGAGUAUGAUGCUUAGGAACCGCGAAAACUGGCCAAGCGUCUCAUUCAUAGGCGGUUCUAUGAUCAACGAAAUAGAAUCUAAAGUAUAUGAAAGCGCGAGUUCUUUGUCGCUAGCCACAUUUGCGUCUCUUUUGAUCGAGUUUGUUGCAAGGCUCCAGAAUAUUGUUAACGCGUUUGAGGAGCUAAGCACUAAAGCUGAUUUCAAAGAACAAGUUAGCGAGACACAGAAGGACAUAGAAAAAGCUGGAUUGUGGACCAGACUCAGUAGCUGCUUCAGCUCCAGGGAUUAACAGAAGCACUUGCAGUUAAUUGUGUGGUGAUGUAGUUGAUUUUGUAUAGACAAUCAUAUAUAUUUUUGCUUUGUUUGUCUUGAAAUAAGUUCCUAAUUCCUUU